CUUUCCUCUCUCCUUCAUCCUUCGCAGCCUUUAGGUAUUUUUCACUUUCCUCUUUCUCUCUCUCGCCUACCCAAUCGCUCAAGAUGGAUCCACCAUCUUCCGGUGCUUCCUGAACAUCUCUGAUCUCUUCUUACUUCAUCUGAAUUCUCCCGUUGUUUGUCGUUUGUGAGUUUGGGAUUAUCUUGGAGCUCUACUUCGCAGCUUGGAGUUUGGACUUUGUUAAAUUUGCUAUGGAAGAUACCAGGUCAGUUGCUUCGCUCAUGGACUCUACAUCAUCCAAGAUUCAGCAGCUUCAGAAGGCCUUUGCUGAACUUGAAAGCCAGCGCGCCGUGACACUUAAUCUGAAAUGGAAGGAACUUGAGGAGCAUUUUCAUGGGCUUGAGAGGUCUUUGAAGAGACGGUUUCAUGAGCUUGAAGAUCAAGAAAAAGAGUAUGAAACCAAAACAAGGAAAGCACAAGAGUUACUGGAGAAAAAGAAGGCAGCCGUUGAGGCCAAGGAGAAGGUAUCUCUAGAAAGGCUUCAGAAGAAGAGAGACGCAGCUGUGUUUGCUAUAAACAGUGCUUUGGUUAAGUACAAUAAUGCUCCCAUUGGUGAACGUCUUGAGGAUUCACCCAACGCCUUUGCUGCUGAUGGUACCGAUGAGAAUCCGGAUGGUACUGUGCAGGAAGCUGAGAUCUCACCUGUGAUGGGAAACUUUGAGGUUAAGGCUUAUCCACAGUUACUGAAACUGUGUGGGGAUAUGGACUCAACAGGGCUCCAUAAGUUUGUAUCAGACAACCGCAAGAACCUUGCAUCACUAAAGGAAGAGAUUCCUGCGGCGUUCAAGGCUGCAGCAAACCCGGCGAGCUUAGUGUUGGACUCUUUGGAAGGCUUUUACCCUAAGGAGGUACCAAACGGUGAUGGAAAGAAAGAUGCUAACCUCUUGGGGAUGCGUAGGACCUGUAUCAUGUUGAUGGAGUGUCUUAGCAUACUGUUAUCUGGUCUGGACAGAAACUCUCUUGCUGCUGUUCUCUCAGAAGAUGUUAAGCAGAGAGCAAAAGCUAUUGCAGAAGGAUGGAAUCCACUGCUGGGAAAUCUUGAGAUGGAUGCCUGCAAUGGUAACUCUUUGGAGGCGCAUGCGUUCCUGCAACUACUGGCCACUUUUGCUAUUGUUUCCGACUUUAAAGAGGAGGAACUCUUGAAGCUUAUCCCCAUGGUUUCACGUCGUCGUCAGGCAGCUGAGCUUUGCCGUUCUCUUGGAUUGUCUGAAAAAAUGCCUGGUGUGAUUGAAGUUCUCUUGAACAGUGGGAAACAGAUAGAUGCAGUGAACUUGGCAUUUGCGUUUGGACUCACAGGACAGUUCCCACCUGUCGAGUUACUGAAAUCUUACUUGACUGAGGCAAGGAGAUCUGGCAAUGCAUCUGCUGCUGCUCAGGAUGAGUUCAAUGAGAGGGAGCUUACAGGGCUUAAAUCUGUGAUAAAGUGUAUCGAAGAGCAUAACCUGGAAGAGCAGUACCCAAUUGAGCCACUUCAAAAAAGGAUUCUCCACCUUGAGAAGGCCAAAGCAGAGAAGAAGAGAGCAACAGAACCCACAAAGCCUCAGACAAAGCGACCACGUGCUGCUCAACCCCGAGUCCCUGACAACAACAACAACAACAAUAACAACAAGACAGGGUAUGGUAGAGUCAUCCCUGAGAGGUAUCCGCAGUAUGUUUAUGACAACAGACCUUUCCUUACCGGUCCAAUCAUGGCAGCACAAGCUCCUCCGCCUCCUCCUCAGACUUACACUUUCAGUCCUGCUGCUGGUCACGGGAACUUCUACGGGAACUGUUAUCAGUACCAGGCUCCUCCUCCUCCUUACUUUCACUAGUGACUAAAAAAAGGUGAUGGUGAAUGUGACUGUGACUCUCUCUUCCAUGGUGUUAACUUGUGGCAGCUCUUUAACCCCUCCUCCUCUCCUACUAGUCCUUUUCCUUUGAUGUUGUUGUUGUGUACGGAUGAUUUUAGUAUUUGUAAGGAUCAGCCCUACUCAAAACAAAACAAAAAAUACUCAAGAAUUUCUAUUAGUUAUAUUUUCAAUGUUGUAUUGUUUUCUUUAGUGUUAUAAAAACCGGUUUAGGUAUACG